UCAAUGACAGAUGAUAUUCUUCCUUCCUCUUCAGCAGAGCGUUUUAGCCCUAAAAAUUCUGAGGAUGUGCGGAUUUUGCUCGUCGGUGAUGAAGGGGUUGGUAAAACAAGUAUAAUAAUGGCUCUUGUACACGACAAUUUUUGUACAAAUGUUCCAGCGCGUUGUGAGCAAGUUAUUAUUCCUAGAGAUGUUUCUCCUGAUGGAGUUUUAACUGAAAUAAUUGAUUAUUCACCACGAGAGCAAUCUGAAGAUGAACUUAUUUCACUAAUACAACGAGCAAAUGUGAUUUGUGUUGUUUAUUCUGUUAGAGAUACUGAGACUAUGAACAGGGUAACUUCAUACUGGCUUCCUCUGAUUCAAAAAUCACUUGGCGGGGGAGAGCACAACCGUUCAGUGCUUCUUGCAGCAAAUAAGUCAGAUCGUCAGGACGAAACGUCUCAUAUUGACAAAAUGAUCCCUAUAAUGAAUGAUUAUUUGGAAAUUGAAACUGUUGUUGAAUGUUCUGCUAAAAUAAUGAAAAACAUCUCGGAGAUUUUUUUCUAUGCGCAAAAGGCGGUUGUUUAUCCAUUUCGACCUUUAAUGUCUUUAGAAGAAAAGAAGCUUUCAAUGAAAUGCCAGAAAGCUCUUGCAAGGAUAUUUAAGCGAUUCCGAUAAUGAUGGCUUC